GUUGGUCAUAAAGUAGUGGUCAUGGAACGCCGUAACUUACCAGGAGGUCUUCUUCGAUACGGUAUUCCAACCAUGAAGCUAGAUAGGGCUGUAGUUGACCGUAGACUCAAGCUGAUGGAAGCGGAUGGUGUGGAGUUCGUAUGCAACACACAGAUUGGUUGCAAUGGUGUUGAGAACGAUCCAAAUUCAUCGUGUCGUCCGGCGGAUGAGAAUGUCAACGUGAUUCCUGCUAAGAAGUUGCUGGAUGAUUUUGAUGCUGUCGUGCUUUGUCUUGGCUCUACUUGGCCUCGCGAUAUUAACAUUCCUGGCCGUGACUUGGAGGGUAUCCACUUUGCUCUGAGCUUCCUUGAGCGCUGGCAACGCAAGCAGAACACGUCGAAAAAACCUCUGCCCACCGCUAUGUGUCCAGGAGAGUCAAUGCUAUGUCUCAAAGAGGAGGCCUCCGACCUUCCCACUUUGGCAUCUGGCAAGCGGGUCAUUGUGAUUGGAGGUGGUGAUACGGGCACCGAUUGUAUCGCUACUGCUACCCGAAUGGGUGCCAAGAGUGUUGAGACAUUGGAAAUAUUACCCAAUCCACCAGAAAGCCGUGAGCAUCGCAAGAAUCCAUGGCCAGAGUGGCCAAUUAUCAUGCGCACUGAAUACGGUCAAGAGGAAGUGAAGUUGCACUAUGGUCACGAUCCUCGCGCCUACAAUACUCUCACUAAAUACUUCAUCCCAUCCCCCGAAGACCCCAAGAAGCUUUCUGGUCUGCGAACUGUCUCUGUGCGAUGGGAAGAUCCUAAGGAAGAGGGCGGAAGGCCUACUUUCGUUGAGCUACCUGAAACGGAGAAAACAAUGGAGUGCGAUAUGGUUCUGCUUGCAAUGGGAUUCUUGGGUCCAGAGAAGACAAUCUUGGAGGAACUUAACCUGGAAGCUGAUCCACGUUCAAAUAUCAAGACAAACCCUGGCAAGUAUGCGUCGUCGUUGGCUCGGGUUUAUGCCGCUGGAGAUUGUCGUCGAGGCCAGUCUUUGGUGGUUCACGCCAUCAAUGAAGGUCGUCAGGCUGCUCGACAGGUUGAUAUGGACCUAAUGGGAAACAGUAUUCUUCCGGGUCCAGGUGGCGUUAUUCAGCCGGAGAACACGAAAAUUCGAGCAUAA